AUGGGGGAACAACAUGUUGGGUUUCAUAGUGAGGUUCCUGACAACCAUGCCUUCACUGCCACUGAAAUCCAAGAGCUUUUAUCCCUCUUUCUACUCAACCACGCCACCUCCGACUCCCAGGCUUCCAAUCCCACCACCACAGACCAGAGGAAGCUCCGCCGUAUGUUAUCCAACCGGGAGUCUGCCCGCCGCUCGCGGUGGAGGAAGAAGAGGCAUUUGGAAGAUCUCAACAAUGAGUUGAACCGGUUGAUGACCCAGAACCGCCACUUGAAGGACCGGCUCGCCCGGAUUCUCAACUGCCGUCAUGUCGUUUUGACACAAAAUGAUUGGUUGUGGUUGGAGUCCGUGGGCCUUCGCUCCAGGCUUUCGGAUCUUUGCCGGAUCUUGACCGCCAUGUCAUCGCCGUCCAACACGUUCACCUAA